AGGCUACCAUUACCCUUCGGGAUGUGGAGGUCAUUUAUGGGCUACAGGUUGAUGGACGCCCAUUGUAUAUUGAGGAGCCUCCUGUGCUGCCGCCUUACCGGGAUGAGUUGAUUAGGCUCACCGGUUUCGCGGCUCUGGAUGGUCAUAUUUCCGGCCAGAGUCGGCUUUUGUUGUCGGCCCUUUACGCUCACUUGCGCCUCACAGACAUGCAGCAUCCGAUUGGAGAGGACACGCCUCAGGUUGAUGUUGAUCGACGUGCGCGUCUAUACCUACUCAUCAUAUUCGGGGCCAUCCUAUUCCCGAACACUUCGGGUUCGCAUAUGAGCUUGAGGUAUCUUCGGUAUAUCGACGAUCUCGCCGAGAUAGGAUGUUAUAGUUGGGGCGCUGCUGUGCUGGGCUACAUGUAUCGAGGAUUCUGCCGAUGUUCUAUGGGCACGAGGGUAGAGGUCCCUGCAUUUUGCUCGCUCCUUCAGAUAUGGGUGUGGACUAGGUUGAGACCUUUUCAGCCCAUACCAGCUGACCCUCCCGCUGACUAUCUUACUGUCCCGAUGCCAUACGCGCGGAGAUGGUCGCGAGGCGUACGCCGACGUGUGGAGACGCACCACAGCCUUCUCCGUUUAGGGAUCGGCUAG